UACGCGCGCGCGAAAGUGGCGCUCUCGCGGAUGAGGGAGAGCCGUUAGCGGAGCGGCGGUUAGACUCAGUCAGGCUCAGUGUGUGUUUGUAUACAGUGUGUGUACAGGCUUCUCCCAGCUGCUAAAGUUCGCUUUAAACACCCGGAGACGCUAGCUUUUCACCGCUUACCGUCAGCGGGAAGCGGGUUAGUCUGUAUUUAAGAGGAUAACCUGCUUGUUUGAGCGCGUUUGGACCGGAACCGGUGGAAAAACAGACAGAAACUGCGAACUAAAGAGAGCAGGCUGCAGCUCCGAGCCUAGGAACCAAAAACAGAGAGAUAAAAGGUUCAUUCUGAGGUAAAUUUCAGUAGUUUUAGGUGAUAUUUCUGUAAUUCGGAGGUUUAAAACCCGGUUAAACCCGCUUCGUCUUUUUCAAACCGCAAAACAACCGUUGAAGACAAAGCCAGGCGCUCGAGCGCGGACCGCGAGCCGAGACACGCGCGCCUCACCGCCUCCGCCUCCUCCACCGUUCCCGCUCAGCCCGGCGGCGCUGCCUCAGCCUCCAGCCCAGCCAUGCAGCAUCCCCUCGCGGGCGGCCCGUGCGUCGCUCUGCCCCGGGUGGACGUGUGUCCGCAGCUCUCCUGUGCCUUGACGUUCAUGUACUUACAGCAGGGUAAUCAGGACGCCCCAGCACCCCCAGAGCCCAUGGCCCAGCCUUACCCCUCUGCCCAGUUCGCUCCCCCUCAGAACGGCAUCCCUGCUGAGUACCCUGCCUCACACCCCCACCCAGCUCCAGAAUACCCGGGCCAGACCGCCGUGCCCGACCACACGCUGAACAUGUACCCCCCAGCGCAGACGCACAGCGAGCCCAGCGCAGACACCAGUGUACAGACCGUCUCUGGCACAGCCACACAGACAGACGAUGCAGCACAGACAGACAGCCAGCAACAGACACAGUCGUCCGAAAACACGGAAAACAAGACACAGCCGAAGCGGCUCCACGUCUCCAACAUCCCUUUCAGGUUCAGAGAUCCAGACCUCAGGCAAAUGUUUGGCCAAUUUGGUAAAAUCUUAGAUGUUGAGAUCAUUUUUAAUGAGAGAGGAUCUAAGGGUUUUGGUUUCGUAACUUUCGAAAGUAGUGCUGAUGCGGACAGGGCGAGGGAGAAAUUACACGGCACGGUGGUAGAAGGCCGUAAAAUAGAGGUUAACAAUGCAACAGCACGGGUAAUGACAAACAAAAAGACGGUCAACCCAUAUGCAAACGGCUGGAAGUUGAAUCCUGUUGUGGGUGCAGUCUACAGCCCAGAAUUCUAUGCAGUGCCAGGCUUUCCAUACCCAGCUGCCACAGCGGCUGCAGCAUACAGAGGGGCACACUUAAGAGGUAGAGGACGCACCGUCUACAACACGUUCCGGGCAGCUGCUCCUCCACCACACAUCCCUGCAUACGGAGGCGUUGUGUACCAGGACGGAUUUUAUGGUGCAGAUAUUUAUGGUGGUUACGCUGCCUACCGAUAUGCCCAGCCUGCCACCGCCACUGCUGCUGCCUACAGUGACAGUUACGGACGAGUUUAUGCUGCCGACCCCUACAACCACGCACUUGCUCCAGCAGCCACAUACAGCGUUGGUGCCAUGAACGCUUUCGCGCCCCUGACCGAUGCCAAGACCAGGAGUCACGCGGAUGAUGUGGGUCUCGUUCUUUCUUCAUUGCAGGCUAGUAUAUACCGAGGUGGAUACAGUCGUUUCGCUCCAUACUAAAAAAAAACAACAACAACAACAACAACAACUACAACAACAACAACAAAAGAAAACAAAACCUAUCGAAACCUAAAUGAGAAUCUUCCUGUGGGGUAAAGAGAGAAUAAUUCAAGAGGCCUGGGUAUUGCAAUACAUGCAGUAGUGCAUCAUUUUGGCAUCUCUUAAGAGAGAGGACAAAAAUGGAUAUUUUUCAUCUUAUACCUCAGAUAUUUUGUGCUGUGUAUUUUAAUAUUGUGGGUUUUUAAUUUCUAAAGAUUACAUAGAUGGUUGGCUGUAGAGGUUUCUGUGGUGAUCUAGAGAGCUGCUAGAUUUUAAAAAGAGACGAGAUAAAAAAAUAAAAAAACACAUUAAAGAUACAAAUUGUUAGGGAUUUAUCAUGUAAAUGAAUUAUUGAAUUAUGAUGUAUGAUAAAUAUUAAGUCCCUUGGGGUUAUCAUAUUUUGUAAGAGUGUAAGUGACUACAGUAGUCAAGUGAUUUUCUGCUCUUCGUUUUUCGUUUUCUUUCAUUUUUUUUUUUUAGGCCUUUCGGUUCUUUUUUGGUUCUUUUAUUAAUUAUUAUUAAAUAUUAUAUUGUUAUUAUUAUUUCUGGGUGUUUUGGGUCACAAGUUUGUAUUAUUAUUAUUUUAUUUUAUUUUUCGCUUGUGGUUUCCAUGCUGGAAGGAUAACGAGAUAAAGAGAGAGAAAAAGAACGAAAGGUAGGACGAACGAAAGAAAGGAAAAGAGAGAAGGAAAGAUUGAUACAGAGUUAUACAGCAAAAAGUGAGUGUAAGACGGCCACACCUCAGGCGUAAAGAGAAAGCGAGAAAGAAUGCAAGAGAGAGAGAGAGAGAAAAAGAAAGAGAAAGAGAGAGAGAGAGGUGGGCCCGAGGAGAAGCAGCACCCUGAGGGUGGUACAGGGCCGUACGCUACAGAAGGAGAGAAACCACGGAGGCAUCGGUUCUUUCAGACGUCUGAUAUCAGUCAUCACUCAAAGCCAAAGUUUACGUUCCCAGGAUGUUGUUUCAUGUUCGGAAUUUUACAUAGCGGCUCUUAGAUACAGUCCACAAAAACUUCACCACGACAGUAUUUUACUGUUUACCUGUUUAUCUAGUUCGUAGAUCAGGCCCUUAACUAGUUUAUGCCAACCACAAGAAGUUCUUUUUAUAUUACGGUACUUCCAGUAUAUUGAUUGAUAUAAUUGCUGACUUUUAUAUUAUGGGAGAGAUAAAUAACUUAAAAAAUAAUAAUAAUAAAAAAAAAUAAAAAAUAAAAAAAAAACGCGGCGAAAGUAGCGCCGUUUAUAUUUUUCGUUUCGUUUUUCUUUCUUCUUUUUUUUUCGAAAGUAAUGAAACUAUAAUUAUUUGUACCAGAUAAAAGUGAAAAAAAAAAAUAAAUGAUGAUAAUAAUUAUAAUAAUAAUAAUAAUAAUAAUAAUAAUAAACCAACCGUGUAUUAAAUUUGAUCUGUUCAGUGGAAAUGUUCUCUUAUACGAAAUACACAGCUGUGUAAUGUUUUAGAUUUAGUGUGGUAGACCAACUGUUAGAGAAAGGUGUCUCAUUUUUUAUGGAAUCAUACUCAAGAUUUAUAUCAACACUUUACAAGUAAUGCAAUCAUUAUGUAGAUAUGAUCAUAGUAUUUUUGUCAACUGUACUAUUUUGCACACACGACCUGCAGUUUUUUCAUCACUUCUCUCAGCUUGUGGGACGUUACAUUGUCUGUUCUUUCCUCUUUUUUUUUGUUGUUUGUUUCUUGUUUGUUUUUAUCUGGUUGAAUUUUUUUAUUUUUAUUUUUAUUUUUUCGUUUCGCUUCCUUUUGGUUUUGAUAUCAUUUUUAAUGUGACAUCCUUUGUAUUGUUAUUUUCUAGAAACACAGCCUUUACACUUUGAAACUGUUUGAUUAUCGAGAAACUGAGAAAUAUAGGAAUUGUGAAAAAGAUAUCUAUAUGUAAAUAUGAAUAAUGAUAAAUAUGUCAUUUACAAGUGCUACACAAACAAGCUGUCGAGGUGUCCUUGAAGAGUCGCAGCUUGUGCUGUGCAUACGCGAAGAACUUCCCUACAUGUUGUUUACAGUAUACCUACUUAGAGGUGUUUGUCACAUAUCUCAUUUUCUUCUUCUUCUUUUUUCCUUUUUUGGGUUAUUUUUUUGUAUUUAUAAAAAAGGGUUAAAAUACAUAAAAUACAAGCGAAAAAAACAAAACAAAAAAAAAAAAACAGCAGCUUAAAUUUAUCCAGCUGCAAAAAUAUCCUCUUGUGUACUGUGUGUGUGUCCUACCACACAACUGGGCAAAAAUAUCGUAUCCACUGCUGUAACUCUGCUAUACUUUCUGCUUCCAGUAGGUGUUGUGAACAGGCCUUCUCCUUGUCAUUGUAUGUGCAUGCACUAUGAUCCGCAUAACAGUAACCAUCAAUAAAGUUUCUCAAGAUAAGGAGAAA